AUGCAUCCGUUUUCCAUCCUGACGCUCGGCAUCUUUGUAGCUGGCUACAUCACCGCCCGCUGGGACCUCGUCACCCGCCUGUAUGAGCUCGCCAUCUUUGCGGCGGAAUACGGAGUAGUGAUUCGCGUUGCCAGGGGCGUCGUCGGCUUGACUGCUCUGUUCCUCACCAUUUUCCUCCCCGUCGUAUUCCUCGCGAGGAAGGAGACGCAUCUGGUGAGCAUCCUCGGAGCCGGUUACGUUGGCCUCGUUCCGCCGCUAAGCCGUCACAGCACCCCCGCGCGCCCGGAUUCGGUCUCUCGGCGCGCGAGCAGCUUCGAAGACGCGGCUCCUUCUGAGGCCCGCUCGGAUCGGCCUGGCGUGGUGGUGGGAUGGAGAAACUCGACGCUCGACGUGCUCGUCGUCGCCAUCCUCGAGGAUGUGGAUGCCCGCGAUGUCGAGUUCCACCUCAAGCUGGGCACGUUCUUCCGCAGCUGUCCUCAUAGCCCCAACCGCAUCUUUGACACCUGCGGCCACUCCUCCAUGCAUGUCUUGGGCGUGUCAAACGCAACGGAACCGGACGAGGUCGAUCCAUCCUGGGUCUGCGCCACCAUGACAUCCUCUUCGAAGCGCCCGACGAUCGACUGCGCACGGGCAUCGAGCAUCCAGCUUAUCCUCUACGACCGUCCCGAACCGAGGCGCAUGCAGUACAUCUCGCUCGACCCUAUAGCGUUGGCGCUUGGGGACAAGAGCUUCCGACUAGAAGACCCGCCUAUCGACGGGCCGGAGGGAGAGAUUGAGAAGCAAGAGCGCAAGGCCAAGGAGACACGGCGCAAGCUCGUCGAGAAGCUAAAACAACACACAAUAACCCACCGACCCCCGUCUGCGCGGGACAGGGCGUUGCCCAAGAUUGUGAACCAAGUCAACUGGUCCUGGGAGCUGGAUCGCACGCUGCAGAAGAAUGUCGGUCGACUUGGUCCGCGCCCACGGAGAGCUCAGAGCGUUUCUGAGAGGGUUGUCGAGUCGGCCACGACCAUGCGCAACUACAUUCUGCGGCAGCUAUGGGCGUUCUUCACCGUCUACCUCUUUCCCACCAUCCGGCGGGGUUUCUUCAUCUUCCUACUCGGCCAUCGCAUGGCGGCGGAGGUCCUCCUAAUCAUGUUUGAGUUUCGGCCGAAGCCAGGCGGUGCGGCGCUCAAGGAUAUAUCAGCGACGGCGCAGCAAAUCGAGAUUAGGCUCCAGCAGUUUUGCUACUGGCCGAUGCAAUACUCGACGUUGCGGCAGCGCAAAAUGAACUGGGCGAGCGUAACGACGAGUCAUCCAGAUUACAUCCGGUUCUACAACAGUCUUUGGCUGGUCGCGAACGACGUCAUCAUUGGCAUGGCUCUCGGAUCGUACAUAAUCGAACACGCAGACUGGGUCGCGACACAGAUUGGGGAUCUGCUGAGGGAGUACACGGUCGAGGCGUUGCGGAGCAGCAUUGAGUGGCUGAUGGGAUGGCCUGCCGGCCUGAAGCUCAACGGCGAGCUGGCAGCGUUCUUGGGUGACCUGUUUCUCUGGGUCAUCGAUUACUGGUCGAGUUGCAUCGACAUGUUGAGCCCUUUGCUGCCGCAGCUUGUGUGGUUCAUAGGCUUUUCGUCAUUUGCUGGCGCCAGCAUGCCCAUCGCCGUCUUUUCCGACUUGCUGUCGGUGCUCACGGUCCACAUCUACUCCUUUUAUCUGGCCUCGGCGCGCAUCUACCACUGGCAGCUCACGAUACUGCAAUCCCUGUUCCACCUCUUCCGCGGCAAGAAGCACAACGUCCUCCGCAACCGUAUCGACUCGUGCGACUACGACCUGGACCAGCUGCUUGUCGGCACCAUCCUCUUCACCUUGCUCUUCUUUUUGCUGCCGACCGUAGGCGUGUUCUACCUGAACUUUGCCAUUGCCAGGAUGAUCAUCAUCUCCAUGAAGGCAGGGUUCGACACGAUGCUGUCCUGCCUGAACCACUUUCCGCUGUUUGCGCUCAUGCUUCGAAUCAAGGACCCCAGGCGGUUGCCCGGCGGCAUCCGCUUUGAACUUCGAGAUACCCACGAUUAUAGAGCUACCGACGCUAAUAUGUCUAAUGAGCCGCCGACGUCCGUCAUUUAUCUCAAGUCCAUCCCGCUGAGCUUCGGUGCCAUGUUCCACCAGUAUUCUCAGAUGGCGCAUCGGAUACGAAAGCACUACCUCUCGCCCCGAGUGCUAUUGUGCCUCCUCACCGGCCAGUUUGUGCCGCCCAUCAACCGUAAAAACCUCUACAGCCUGCAGUACAGCAUGUUGCCCGCGCGGAGGGCGACGGUGUGGGAGAUGUGGCGGGCGCUCAACAUGGAACUGCCGCAAAAGAAGGCAUUCCCGCUGCCCGCCAUCCCGCCGCUGCCCAACGGCGGGCGAAGAGGCGCGGCAGGGCGGACGAGGUCGUACCACUGA